UCGUCAUAGGAACCUUUCAGUAGGAUGGUCCUACGGCAAGUGAGUUCAAAAUCUCGGGUCUGCUAACGACAAGGAAGUCGAAUUUUAGUAUUGCCUAAGAGUAACUGUGAACAACGUUUGUGUUGGAUGAUCAAAAUUGCUACGAGAUGGACCGGUACCUGAAGGAUGAGCCGCGAGUGAAGGGCGGCGGCCGCAAGCUGGGUGGGUGCGAAACGGACGCCCCUUGGUCCGCCUACUACGAGGAGUACACCCACGAUGGCUCUUCAUCACCAGUACGACUUUUCACUAAACUCGGCCGCCCCAUCAAGGGGGCGAGAGCCUCUCGCUUCCUGGUGAAGGUCAAGUCCGAGACACUGAGCGCCGAGCUCAACAUCAAGAGGGAGCCCUUCGACCCCGACACCUGCUUCAAGGACGAGCCCCUAGACGAUAGCAUUAGCGUCAAGGAAGAGCCCCUGGAGGAUCUGGACGACCCCUUGAGUCAGGACGACCUGUGCGGCUCCGAGAGAUCUUUAGACUCGGUGUCUGUGUCGUCGUCGUCCUCCUCCGCCUCCUCCCUGGCUUCCUUGGAAGGCGACCUCGACACCUCUGUCAGCGCGGGCGGCCAGAGCCCCACGCGCGGUCGGUCGCUCAUCUCAUGGGCGUCCUCUGAGGACAUGGUGACAGACACCCGACUGGAGGCCGGAGGGCGUCGAGGGUCCGGUUCCCCCUUCUACGCGGCGACGAAACUGCUGACGGCCAAAUCGGCGCCCAACAUCGCUACCUUGACGCCGCCCUCGUCCCCCGAGACCUCCCCCGUCACCCACACACACACGCUCCUCAAAGUUCACGCCCGAUCACAAGUGCCAAAGUUCAUCUCUUUCGCCACCAGCUUACCCUUAAAAAGUAGCAACAAUAGCAGUAGCUUGAGUAUGGGCGUGCGGGGGGCCAUGAGCGUGGGUGUGCACCACCCACGCACGGCGGACACCUCCCCAGAUGCCAAGCGGCGGGUGCACAAGUGCCUCUUCCCUGGCUGCAAGAAAGUAUAUACAAAGUCCUCGCACCUCAAGGCACACCAACGUACACACACAGGAGAGAAGCCGUACCGUUGUUCCUGGGAAGGAUGCGAGUGGAGGUUCGCCAGGUCUGAUGAGCUAACCCGGCACUUCCGCAAACACACUGGGGCCAAGCCCUUCAAAUGCAACCACUGUGGACGAUGCUUCUCGCGCUCAGAUCACCUCGCCCUUCACAUGAAGAGGCACCAGUGAGGUUUUCCUCCUUUUGCAGCACUCCCCACCCCCUUGAGGAUGAGGAACGCCAAGGCAACGACACCUUCUCGCUUGGGACCUAAUCUGGACCUCUGACUACUACUGAAGUCUCUAAUGACACAGAAUACUUGGAGAGAAAAGACGAGGUCGUCUUCUUCAAGGUGGACCUCUAGGAAUGACAUCGGAGCGACAGGCGACAUUUCACCUGGCGGCAUUCCGGUGGCUGCUUCAAAACAGGCACAAAUUACAUUCUGAAAAUAAAAAAAGGAAAAGUAGAUAUAUACAAAUAUAUAUGCUGCUGAUAAGAACAGCCAUUAUGAGACUAGAAUACAGACCCUUUUAAAUUCCUUCUUGGAGGUUCCCCGAACAAUCCAGAUUUUAGUUUGUACAGAAUUAAAUAUGUUAUAAGUGGAUGUGUGUAAAAAAAAGUAAAACUUGAGUUUCAUGGUAAAAUAUCAAGAGUAGUAAAAAUUAUGAAAAGAAAAUUUAUUGAACUCAAAGAUAUCAUGUUUUACAGACCUUUAGAUAAUUCUGUAUAUAAAUCAAGGACUGGUUUAGUGGUCAGUCAUCUAGAAAACUCAUGAUGUUAUUUUGUGUACAGUGUAGAAUGUAAGAUUUGGUCCCCCGCCGGGCGUGGUGAAAUAGCAUAGUGAGGAAGGACAACUUGGCUUUCAAAAAUAUUUUUUUUCAAUUAGAAUGAUUAAUAUAAUUGUAUUGGAGUGGUUGCCUUAGGAACAAAAGUACUGCUACUUUGUUAAGUCUUCGAUUUCGUUCUAAUUUUAGAUUUAUGAAAUUUCCAAUUUAAUGAAAUAAGCAAGAAACUAUUUUUGUUUUACUUUUAACUUUUCAUGCAAUCAAGUAUAUCGUUAAGGGAGGAACCACAAUUUAUUCAAUUGAUAACCAAGCUAAGAGUUUAUCUUGAAAUGUACAAAAUGUCUUCAUGUAUCAAUAAGGAUGCAUAUACUGUGUACUGUUGUAUUACUGAUGUUUAGCGCUGCUGUAUAUAAAAAAAACAUUUAAUGUUUAAGGAUUCUGUACCACUGCCAUGCUAUUUGAGGCACGGAAUAAUUUCAAAGAGGAGUUCAUGAAAAUCCGACUCUUCGGUAAUUCUUUAGCAAUGAAUAAGAAAAUUUGAAAAAAUAAAUUCAGAAGUAUCAUAUAACCUUCAGAGGGACCUCUGGCACAGUUAUCCCACAUGUAUAUGCAUGGUAAAGUAAAUAAAAAAUUGAUGUAGCAUAUGCUGAGAUAAUAUUAAUUCGUGAUAGAAAGUUGCUUCAAACUGUAGCGUGUGCGGCGUGUGUCUGCUAGUAUGUGUGAGCGUGCGUAUGUUGGCUGAUUUUUGUAUAUCCAAUGGGGAAGGUUCUAAAAAUUUGAGAGGAGGAGGAGUUCCUAAACUCUCUCCUCCCCUUCCCUGGUGCAACACCAACAACAACAAUAGCAACAACUGCUACAGAUGCAUCGCACCUUGAGAGCGACAGACGAAACAACAAAUAGUUUGUCGACGGUCGGAGGUGGCAGAUCGAUCGAUCAUAUACAUACAAUUUAUAUAUCCUUUAGGAGGAUUUCUUCAUUACUUACAACGUGUCUCAGUCACUUCUGAUUGUUUUAAAGUAUAUAUAUUAUAAAUAUAACAUUGACCACAUUUGGCGCCGGCUUGACGAUAAGGAAUCGACAUUCAAUUUCAUAAAAAGAAAUAAAAAUCCAUCUAAGAAAAAUACAAAGUGCAGACUACGUCAUUGCUAACUCGAAGGCUUCUAGUGGUACUCUGGAGUUUUAUUUUUGGCGUCUUGCUAAAUGUUUUUACCCUGUCACAAAAAGUAAUGGUUUCUAUUAGCAACGUUGUGUAUUGUGUUACAGAAUACCUUUUUAGAUAGGGAUUUAGAUUUGCCCUUCUCCCGUCAAGCUUCCCAUCGCGAACAAAGAGGCAGCAAGAGUUCGUUGUUUAAACUGCAGUGCAUCAACAUAUAUGGCGGCAUUUAAGUAACCAGAGAAGUUUAGAGCGUAGACUUAACAAUUUUUUUUUUUUUUUGGAAUCAUAGUUUUAUUUUUUAUUUUUUAUUUUUUUUUUUUGAAGUUGCGGCUUAGAAAUGCCAUAAGAACGAUAAAACUAGGGAAUAAUGAAAAUUAUUUUUCUUUAAAAAACCAUGUUCUUCAGUACGUACUUUUCAUGACACGAUACGAUUGAACUCAACUUAUAGAAUGAACCAUGAACCAAAAAAACGAUUAACUUUAUCAAAACAUGGAUUUCUGGAAAGAUGAUGAAAAGCCUCAAAGUGAACAAAAAACAAAAAGCCGGCGCUCAACCACAACUUUCAAAAUACCAUUCCAUUCUUGUGCCCUCUCUGCCCAAAGUGUCCUUUUUGUAUUUCAGAAUAUUUUUUCAGUCGCGCGGUCAGUUAUUCAAUCACAUGGUUGCUAGUGAUUCAGAUAUUACACUAUGUCAUAUGUCAUUAUGAUAAGACAUUCAUUUUGAUGUUUAGUAUUUCAGUAAAGGUAGCAUAUAAAAAAAGUACAAGAUAGCAUCCUCUAACAUCCCAUAUAUACAGACUUUACAUAUA